CGGGAUAAUGGAGACCUGACAGGGGAAGAAGGAGAUUGAAGAGCGUUGUCACCUCUCCCUCACGCUCUUAAUUUUCCUCGUUUCCUUUUCAUAACCGUCAUUUCUACUAUUUGCACACCAUAACAUAACAUAAACCCUUUCUUUCUUUCUUUUAAAUCUCCCCGUGAAUAUAUCAUACAUGCACAUCAUCAUAUCGAUCCAUCUUUAUUAUUAUUAUCAUUAUUAUUAUCUCCCGUGACCUAUUAACUUCCAUUUCCAACAUUUGUGGCCCUCCUCAACCCACAACUCCCAUCACCUUCAAUCCCUUCUUCGAUUACAUAAAGACGACGUCGUAGAUCCAUUCAGGAAAAUGGUAACCGCUCCUCCAACAAAUUAAGCCCUAUUAUUAAUAUUUUUCUUCUUCUCCUGAAAAUGACGGGGAAGAAGAAUGUGAAGGCGGCGACAACCACGACGCCGGAAGAGGAAGACCAGAGGAAGCAAACGACGACGUCGUCUUCCCCCUCGUCGUCUUCGCGCUCCUCCUCGUCGUCGUCGUCUUCGGAUGAGAGAGAGUACGAGGUGCAGGACCUGCGUGACCGGUUGAAAUCGUCGCGAGGGAGCAGGUUCGAUCUCAUAGAGAACCAGUUGGGACUCAACUCGACUUGGAGCAAGUUCAGUCGCCAAGCGCUUCUCCAUGGAAUCCGAGGCUUCUCCGUGGACUUCGUUAUUCAUCCUGAUAACAGGUGGUAUCGGGCAUGGACAAAAUUCAUAUUGCUAUGGGCAGUGUAUUCAUCCUUCUUCACCCCAAUGGAGUUUGGGUUUUUCCGUGGCCUGCCUGAGAAUCUCUUUAUUCUGGACAUCAUUGGACAAAUAGCUUUUCUUGUAGAUAUUGUCUUGCAAUUUUUUGUUGCUUAUAGAGAUAGUCAGACCUAUCGUACGGUCUACAAGAGAACCCCUAUUGCUCUGCGGUAUCUGAAAUCUAACUUCAUAUUUGAUCUUCUUGGAUGUAUGCCCUGGGACAUCAUCUACAAGGCUUGUGGAAGAAAAGAGGAAGUGAGAUACCUUUUGUGGAUCAGACUAUAUAGGGUUCGGAAAGUCACAGAUUUUUUCCACAAGUUGGAGAAGGACAUACGUGUCAAUUACAUUAUUACCCGGAUUGUGAAACUGAUAGUAGUUGAACUCUAUUGCACCCAUACAGCAGCCUGCAUUUUCUACUAUUUGGCUACCACACUACCUGAAUCCCAAGAAGGGUACACAUGGAUAGGAAGUUUAAAACUAGGUGACUUUAGUUAUUCACAUUUCAGAGAAAUUGAUCUUUGGAAGCGCUAUACAACAUCUCUGUACUUCGCUAUUGUUACAAUGGCUACAGUUGGCUAUGGAGAUAUACAUGCAGUAAAUAUGAGGGAGAUGGUAUUCAUAAUGGUGUAUGUUUCAUUUGAUAUGAUUCUUGGUGCCUAUUUGAUUGGUAACAUGACAGCUUUGAUAGUCAAGGGAUCAAAGACUGAAAAGUUUAGGGACAAGAUGACAGACCUUAUGAAAUAUAUGAACAGAAAUAGGCUUGGAAGGGAUAUCCGUGAACAAAUUAAGGGCCAUGUGCGGUUACAGUAUGAGAGUAGCUACACUGAGGCUUCUGUCAUUCAGGAUAUCCCUAUAUCUAUUCGAGCUAAGAUAUCCCAAACAUUAUAUUUGCCGUACAUUGAAAAGGUUUCUCUUUUUAAGGGAUGCUCUUCUGAAUUCAUCCGUCAGAUUGUUAUUAGGCUCCAUGAGGAGUUCUUUCUUCCAGGGGAAGUUAUAAUGGAACAAGGAAAUGUUGUGGAUCAACUAUAUUUUGUCUGCCAUGGAGUACUGGAGGAAGUAGGCACUGCUGAAGAUGGGACUGAAGAAACUGUUUCACUUCUGCAGCCUAACAGUUCAUUCGGAGAAAUAUCUAUUCUUUGCAACAUUCCUCAACCAUAUACUGUCCGUGUUUGUGAACUGAGUAGACUCCUGCGACUUGAUAAACAAUCAUUUACAAAUAUCCUAGACAUAUACUUUUAUGAUGGAAGGAAAGUAUUAAACAACCUUCUAGAGGGAAAAGAAUCUUUUCGAGAUAAGCAGUUGGAGUCAGACAUCACAUUUCAUAUUGGAAAGCAAGAAGCUGAGCUUGCUUUGAAGGUCAAUAAUGCAGCUUUCAAUGGGGAUCUGUAUCAGCUAAAAGGUUUAAUUCGCGCUGGAGCUGAUCCCAACAAGACAGAUUAUGAUGGAAGGUCACCUUUGCAUCUUGCAGCAUCUAGAGGAUAUGAAGAUAUCACACUUUUCCUUAUUCAAGAACGUGUAGAUGUCAAUAUUAAAGAUAACUUCGGGAACACACCCUUACUUGAAGCAGUUAAGAAUGGACAUGAUCGGGUUGCUUCUUUACUUGUUAGAGAAGGGGCCUCUAUGAAGAUCGAAAAUGCUGGUAGUUUUUUGUGUACUGCAGUUGCAAGGGGAGAUUCAGAUUAUCUUAAAAGACUUUUAUCCAAUGGCAUGGAUCCUAACUUAAAAGAUUAUGAUUACCGAAGUCCUCUUCACAUUGCUGCAGCUGAAGGUUUAUAUUUCAUGGCAAAGUUGCUAUUAGAAGGAGGAGCUAGUGUUUUUACCAAAGACAGAUGGGGAAAUACGCCGCUUGAUGAAGCUCGGAUGUGUGGAAAUAAGAACCUGAUCAAGCUUCUGGAAGAUGCAAAAUCUGCUCAACUGUCAGAAUUCCCAUCCCAAGAAUAUACAGACAAAAUGCAUCCAAAGAAGUGCACAGUGUUCCCUUACCACCCGUGGGAUCCGAAAGAUAAUAGAAGACAUGGAAUUGUAUUAUGGAUUCCACACUCCAUACAAGAGCUAAUCAAAUCAGCGGCAGAACAAAUAGAAUUUUCUGGCGAUGCUUGUAUUUUAUCAGAAGAUGCUGGUAAAGUUACUGAUGUGGACAUGAUCAAGGAUGGUCAGAAGCUGUAUUUAGUCCAUGAAACACAUUAGGCCUCCAUAUUAUGGCUCUUCACAACCAUAUAGUAAAGUGCCUUGUAACGUGUUGUGCUUUCUAGAAAUUAGCAUGUUAUUUGAUCUUAUUAACCGCACAAAAAGUGUCAUAUCCUGUCAAAUACAGACGAGUAAUUAAGAUCAAAUAAUGUGCUUAUGAUGUGCAUGUGCUGUAGUUGCACCAUUUAAAGCAGUCCAAGCUAAUAAAGUACUUAAGUUGUUAGUAGUGGCACA